AUGGCGUCUACUACUGGUGCCAAUUACUCCUCCUCGGAGAUCUUUCGAGGAGAGAAAGGCGUGGCUAGAGAGACUGGACCAAGUGAUAACAAAGCUCCCUUUGAGUACGAUGUCGAAAAUCGCCGUGGAUCCGAAACUGCGAGUGUGAAGAUUGUUUACGACUCGACCCAUCGUAAGCUUAAGCCUCGCCAUAUUCAGCUUAUUGGCAUUGGCGGAACUAUUGGUACUGCCCUCUAUGUGCAAAUCGGAAAGGGUUUGAUGAACGGCGGUCCUGCGUCUCUGUUCCUUGCAUUCACAAUUUGGUGCACUUUCAUCCUUGCCGUGACGUUAAGCAUAGCUGAAAUGGUCACAUUUCUUCCCAUUUCAUCUCCUUUCAUUCGAUUUGCAGGUCGGUUUGUGGAUGAUGCUCUAGGAGUUGCCGCUGGUUGGAACUUCUUUGUCUUUGAGGCUGCUCUUGUUCCUUUCGAGAUCGUGGCUUGCAAUGUCAUCAUUCACUUCUGGAGUGAUAUUGUGCCGACAGGUGCGAUUAUCGCUCUAAUCAUUUUCCUCUAUGCUUUGAUCAACAUCUUGGCCGUCAAAUGGUACGGAGAGACUGAGUUCUGGGCCGCGAUUGGAAAAGUGCUCCUCAUCAUCGGGCUCAUCAUCUUCACAUUCAUUUCCAUGCUGGGAGGAAAUCCCCUGAAAGACCGGUAUGGUUUCCGCUAUUGGAAGAAUCCAGGAGCCUUUGCGCCGCUCUAUUACGAAGGCAAUCUUGGGAAAUUCUUAGGAUUCUUGCAGUGCCUCAUCCAGGCCUCCUUCACCAUCGCCGGACCCGACUACGUUUCCAUGGCGGCCGGAGAGACCGAAAAUCCUCGAAAAGUGCUACCCAGAGCAUACAACGCAGUUUUCUACCGUCUCACAGCCUUCUUCGUCCUCGGCAGUUUGUGCGUAGGCAUCAACACACCUUACAACGACCCAGAAAUGACCACGGCCUUCAAAACCAACCAACCUGGAGCCGCCGCCUCCCCCUACGUCGUCGCCAUGAACCGCCUCAAGAUCGACGGCCUCCCACACGUCGUCAACGCCAUGGUCCUGGGCGCCGCCUUCUCCGCCGGAAACUCCUAUGUCUACUGCGCCUCGCGCUCCCUCUACGGCCUCGCCCUCGAAGGCAAAGCGCCCCGCGUCCUCACAAAAUGCACCAAGCACGGCGUGCCCAUCUACUGCGUCGGCAUCGUGCUCGCGAUCGCGCUCCUCUCGUUCCUCCAGCUCGGCCAGAACUCCGCCGUCGUCCUCCAGUGGUUCGUCAACCUCGUCACCGCGAGCCAGCUCAUCAACUACUGCGUCUGCUGCUUCACCUUCCUCCAGUUCUACAAGGCGCUCAAGGCCCAGGGCAUCGAUCGCAACACGCUGCCCUACAAGGGAAUCCUCCAGCCGUAUGCCGCUUGGUACGGUCUCGUCGGCACAUUCGUCAUGGCGUUCGUGGGCGGGUACACUGUGUUCCUCAAGGGGAACUGGGAUAUCCCUUCUUUCCUGUUCUCGUACAUGUCAAUCUUCUGCUUCCCCCUCCUCUUCCUCGGCUGGAAGUUCAUCAAGAAAACCAAGUGGCGCAAGCCAGAGGAGGUCGACCUCGUGCAGGAUCUCGAGGAGAUUGAGGAGUACACGCGGAACUUCGUCCCCGCGCCUGAUAAGAACUGGGCUGAUAAGUACUUCAAUAAGAUAUUCAGCUGA